AUGAAAGCCAAGCGCCAAAACACACUACCACUCGAAGACGCCUCGGUGGCUCUAGCCACCUUCACAGACGGCCAACCGCUCCCUAAACUCAUCGUCUUCGACCUGGACUACACGCUCUGGCCCUUCUGGGUCGACACGCACGUCAGCGCGCCCGUGAAACCGCGCGACAACAACUCCCGUGCCGUCGACCGCUGGGGCGAGUCAUUCGCCUUCUACCCAGCCGUCUCGUCCAUCGUACACGCCUGCAACGGCCGCGAAAUCCCGCUCGCGCUCGCAUCGCGCACCCACGCCCCAGACCUGGCGCGCGACAUGCUCAAGGCUCUGCAUAUCAUCCCUUCCUUUUCUGACAAUCCCGCCGCGAACGCGAUGAAGACGACCCGCGCGCUGGAGCAUUUUGAUUAUAUCCAGAUCUUCCCUGCGAACAAGACGGCGCAUUUUGCGAAGAUCCAGCAGGCCAGCGGGGUCGAGUAUGAGGAUAUGCUAUUCUUUGAUGACGAGGCACGGAAUCGCAAUGUUGAGACUGAGCUGGGGGUGACAUUUUGUCUAGUCCGCGAUGGCCUGACUCGCGAUGAGUUUGAUCGUGGGGUCAUGGCUUGGAGGAAACGGAAUGGCAUUAAGCAGCGCGCGGAGGGGGAGUGA